CAGAAUCCAGUUUGAUCAAAUUGGUUUGAUGUGAAUCAGUUACAGUGUUAUUUUGUGUGUGAAAAAAUGUUUCGAAAAUUUUUAAUAUUUUUAUUCUUUUUAGUUUUGGUAACAGCCAAACGUUUCGGUGUAAGUAUGAUCAAUGAUAUUAAUUAUGGUCAAAGAAGAUGGGAAAAACGUAAUAAUAAAACAAUGUUACCAGUUGGUGGUAUAAAUGCUGAUGGUCCAUAUGGACGUUAUCGUCGUCCACGUGCAAUUAAUCUUGAUGAUAAUUUUGAUAAUGAUAAAAAUAAUCUAAAACAACAAUCUGAAAUGAUUGAAAAGAAAUCAUUAAUGAAAAUGUUAAAACAACGGGAAAAUAAUCAAAAAUUUGAUGAUUUUUGGUCAACAGAUAGUGAUGAUGUAAUGGAUGAUUUGGAUAAUCGAUCAAUAACGGAUUCAAUAAAAACAACGAAUGGUACAAUGUUAUCCAAACGAUCAUCAUGGUCUUCCUAUUCAUAUUCAACACCAUCAUAUACAACACGAUCAUAUUCAACAAAUUCAAAUUAUGAUUGGUAUUGGCGAAAUCGUAUGGAUAAACAACAUUCAAUGAAUGAUUUAUCUAAUGUAAAUUCAUCAUCAAUGAAUAAUAAUAAUUUUUCCAAUCAAAAUGAAUCAUUUUCAAUGCCAAAUUUAACCAAUGUUUAUUAAGCAAAAAAAAAAUGGCAAUAAUAUUUUGUUUUU